AUGUAUCUACGGAAAAAUGUUUUCUAUCACCACGCACGAGCAAUUAAAUCACACGGAAUCUGUAAUUAUCAAACACCGCAACGAUUUCCUUGUCCGCAGUGUAACACCAAAGUUGGGACCCUCGAGAGCCUGUGCAAUCACCUUCAUCAGAUCCACAAGAUACCAUCGGAGAUCAAAACUGAAAUGUUUAAUUCUGAAGCGGAAUUUAACGAGUUUCGGUUUCGAUUAGAAGGCAAAGGUGGAAAUUUUCGAAUGACUCGCGGAAAUAAAAAAAAUAAGAAGGGUAUCACCCAAUAUUAUCGAUGUAAUCGAGCUCGACAAAUCAGCAAAAAUGAGAUAUUGGCUGGAAUGAAGCGGAAGAGGCCGACGAAGCAAAUUGUAAGAACCGAGGAUUGUUGCACAGCGUUCUUUAAUAAAUCUUACCUUCUGAACGGUGUUAUCGAGGUCCGAUAUUGCGACUAUCAUCUGCAUUAUGAUGAGAGAGUUAGAAUUCCGGACCUUCUGAAAAUUCGUGUUCUGGAACUUUCCAACAAACAUCUUCCAUUUAAGGCCAUUCUGAUGAUGGUGAAAGAUGAGAGGUACUCAUUUUGCGAUCGCAACUCGUCUCAAGAUCGUCGAAUAAUGGCAAUGACAAUUUCGGAUAUUCGCAUGAUCGUAUCAACUCAACAAAAGCAAAAAAGAUUGAUCAAUCGAAUGAAAAAUGACGAAACUCAUGGUGUUGGUAACGAACCGCUUACCUUGCCAAUAUCUUAUUUAAAACUUCCCAAAACUGAUACAACGAAUAUUGACGACGAUGAUGCAUCUUACUUAGAGGUUUACCUUGACAAUCUGAACGACGCGAAAAGGGUGCAUUUUGAGAUGUUCUUUAAAGAAAUGAGCGCCUCACAGCAACUAUUGGAAACUCUCAAGUUGAAUCCUAUGAUGAAUGCAAAAAUUAAUCAAUAUUUGAGUAUAGUUCUUGAAAAAUCUCGUAAGCUAAGAAAUAUAAUAAUCUCUGUGAACGCUUCAAUCAAUUCCGAAAAUGACAAUAAAAUCGCUGAAGAGGAGCGCUCUAAUGAUUCAGACGAAUUUAUUGAUAUUGUUGGAUUGAAUAGCGGAAUUGAGAGAAUGAACUCUUUUGUUAUCCUGGUUCUUGUUGUACUUGUUAGCGCCACUGUUGCCCAAUUCGGGCCAGGAUUCGGCGGAGGGCCAGGAUUUGGAGGACCGGGAUUCGGAGGUGGACCUGGAUUCGGAGGUGGACCUGGAUUCGGAGGGAGACCUGGAUUCGGAGGUGGACCUGGAUUCGGAGGGAGACCUGGAUUCGGAGGGCCUUCUGGAGGAUUCGGAGGAAGAAAUGGAUUCGGAGGAGGACCAUCUGGAGGAUUUGGUGGAAGAAAUGGAGGCGGAUUCGGUGGGCGCGAUAACGGAUUCGGAGACAACGGAGGACGCGGUGGAGGAGGAUUCGGAGGAAACAAUGGAGGACGCGGUGGUGGAUUCGGAGGAAACAAUGGAGGUCGCGGUGGAGGUCGUGAUAAUGGAUUCGGAGGUCGUGGAGGAAAUGGAGGAGGCCGUGGAGGAAAUGGAGGAGGUCGUGGAGGAAAUGGAGGAGGCCGUGGAGGAAACAUGGGAGGACGAGGAGGUGGUCGCACUGAUAACCACGGCGUUCGAAUUGCCGAAAACGUGCUCGCUACACUUUUGGGAUAG